GUUUCUCACCUAGCUGUCAAGUAUCAGUUGCGAAAAGUGGGAAAGGAUGUGCUUAGGCCUCUUUGCCUCUUGACCCUUCUUCCGCUCCUUGCAGACAGCUUUAAGUUGGGCCCUUGGGACACUUUUCGAAGCUCCUUUACAAGAUUGAUUGUCUUCGUCUCCUACUCUGCCGCCGGACCUCGAGUUUGCUACUACCAUAAAGUGCGGCUCCCUCCGCUUACUACGCAUCGGCAAGCAAUCAUCAGUCAAAUCCUCUUUUUCUUCCUCUUACCAGCUCCACGUGCGCUUCUCGCGGCUGCCGCUUACCUGCAACUCGACAAAUUCCCAGCAAACAUUUCAAUAGCCACAUUCUACAGCAUUUCUUGAUAUCCUGCUGUUCUCUCUGAGUUUCCUCCCAUCCGGAUCCCAAGGAGGUCUUCUACAGCUUCCUUCUUGAUGAUUCCCGCCUUCCCAACCUCAGCGCUACAGUUAAGCGCGUGAUCCCCCUGGUUUCGGGCUCGCCAGCGUCCUCGGCGCUUACCUCUCCUCAGGUUGUGACGGAACAUAAGCGCCCACACCCCAUACAGGUCUCUUCUCGCCGCGCGUCUCGCUGUCUCGCUCACUCCAGGAGUUGUCAACUCUCUUGCUGGCGAAUCCGUGCUUUCCAAGAGGCAUUCUCCCUAUCCCACAAGAAGGGGGUAGCCAGGGCAAGCGCCCACUUUCGCGGGAUCUUCAUAUCCCUGCUUGAAGCCUCAGCCUUUCUUGUGUUCAGGAGUCGGCACUCAAAAGGAGGCCAGAGUCUUUCAGGAAAACUUAUAGACCGCGGCCACACUGGGACCGACCGACUCGCCUUUCUUGGUAUCUCAAGACCAUCAUUUGGCUCCUGACAAUGGCUCCUCCACCGAGUCAGAAGUCGGACAAUGACUUGACUCCAAGCCCAGAUGAGGGUUCCCGAGGCUUUGUUGCCGUCAAUCAUGCGUCCAGCAAUGGUCUGUCAUCGUGUCCCGUCUCCCAUAUGUCUGUAUUGACCCUAGCCCAGAAAGCGAAGCCUCACUUGACAGUCGCCACUCAUCUCCACAUGACCUCCCUCUCAGGGAAGAGCCCAUGCCCAGAACUUCAGGCAGCACCUAUCCGCCCCCGCAUGCCCAAGAACGUGCGGGCCAUAGGCGGAAACGGUCGGGGUCUGGCGAAGACGACCAUUACCUUGAGCGGCGGCGGUAUGAGUACAGUCCCCGGGAAGGUCCUGAACCACAACACAUGGCCAAUCGAGCACUGCGUGCGCUGGGGAACGCCGAUCACAAUGCCACAUCUGCGUUCUAUCAAAAUGACGCAAAGCAGAACGGCCAUACGUGGCACGCUGAGAAGCCAGUACAGCCAGCCAGUGCCAUCAAUGGCCAUCGGGUCAGCACCUCCGAAUCGCAGCACGCAGAAAUGCUGCUGCAAGAAGCAGGCGCAUCAGAGGCACAGCCACCGUCUUGGGGCCCGGACUAUCAUUCCCGGCCAAACGGCCCGCUCAAUCACGACCAGUAUGGUCACCCUGAGUCAGGAACGGGCGCGCCCACAGUCGCGCCAAAAAGAAAGCGCAACUUCUCCAACAGAACGAAGACGGGGUGCCUGACAUGCCGCCAACGGAAGAAGAAGUGCGAUGAAGGACAGCCAACUUGUGAGAACUGUCAUCGAGGGGGGUUCACUUGUAAAGGCUACAACGUGAACAGGCGUGCAGCUCCGACCAAGCCCACACCCAUCAGGGGCCCGGUUCCGUUACAGUCUAGGGACGGUCCUGGUGACGUGUCUGAAGCCUCGCCCUAUCAGGGACCUCACAUGGAAUAUCCUGGUCCUCUCCAACGUCAGGACAGCAUUCAGUCGCGACCAAUGCCCAUCGGCGGGGGGGAAGGUCAACACCCACUGUCGUAUGAGAUGAGCCCACAACGCAACGAGCCACCAGGCCGACCACUUCGUCCCAGCCAGCACACACCUUGGCCGCCGGCGCAGAGUCAAAGCUCUUAUACAGAGCAUCUCCCACCGCUCUCGGAUCUAAAUCGACCAGAACCACACUCAGGUGCACAUCCCCGAGAGAUGUCACGAGUACCGCCGCCACAAGGUACCACGUACCCUCCGAGCCAAGCUCCGCUGGGGCCACACCCGCAACAGCACUUUCCUCCUCAACAUGCAGGGCCUCAGUCUGCAGGUCCUAGCGUAGCUCAUCAGCCCGCGGCGGGCCCCUCUCAACAGCAACCGCAGUGGCAUCAGCCACAGCAGCAUCAACAGCCACCAUAUGGGCAUGCAUAUGGCCCUCCUCCACAUGGUCCUCCCCAGCCCCUGCCUGCCCAUCCUACCGUUCCUACUCACACCAGAAUGGCAUCUUCAAGCUCAAAUUUCAAGAUCUCUGGCCACGAGGACGUGGAGAAAUCGAGGAUGCUGAGAAAUGUAGGCUAUGCCCACAACGAUCCGACAUUGUCUUACGAGCGUCAACGGUGUGAGCAGGCCCUCAGGCGCUACAAAAAAGCUUGUCGGCCAGACAGCGGCAUUAGCGACCUGGAAAUCCGGAAUCUCUUGGAGAGGAUCAUCGAUCCAAGUCAGGACACAACGAACAGGUUUCCUUCGCAGAACCACAGCAAAGGCAUUCUUGGUCUCGGCGUUAAGGUCGAGGCGCCCUUUUUUUGCACCUAUGGCUACAACCUUCACAUUCGAGACGAUUGCUACAUUGGUCCCCGGUGUAAAUUUGACGAUGCUGCACUCAUCGACAUUGGACCUCGCACCAUCAUUUCGCAGGACGUCUCCAUCUUGACAAGCGACCAGGAUGGGGAUCUCGUCAAUCGCAAGGGCACCAACGGUCUCUGGGUAGCAAAGAAGGUGGAAAUCGCUGCCGGAGUCAUUAUCGGCGCAAAUGCCGUUAUCUGUCCUGGUGUCAGCAUUGGGGAAGGUGUCACGGUUCAACCAGGCAGCGUAGUUCGCAAGUCAUUGCCGAGCAAUAAGAUAUGUCGAGUACCGGACCACAUUAUCUUGGAUGCAAGCUAGAUGAUGGCUGGGUAGCUUGGAAUCGGUGCGAAAUUGGUGGGCUUCUCUUUUCACACUGGUUUGGUCUUUGUUGCUAGGGCAUUAUUAAUGGGACAACGGAUCUACGAAUAGGACAUUGAGUUCGGCGGGUCGGCAGGCGUUUCCAAUAUCAUUCGUAGGCAGAUAUGUCGGCUUUCGGUGGGGUUUACCGGCAGCUUUAAGUGUUGCUGUUUGUCGCGGGCAAGGAUCCAAGCAUUCAAACAAGCGAAUUGCGCAAACAAGCACCUUCGAAGUUGAUUUUCUUGGUUCGCUGUCCUGGGGAGCAGGGGAGAUCGACGAGCCCCCGAGAAAGAACUUUCCUUGUUCCUCUCCCACUUUGAGCCGCGGCAAGUCAAAUUGGGUCGCCUAUACUCGUAAGACUCGCAGCGUCCGGUUGCUUGGGGCAAACCAAUCGUCAGCAAGGUUUGGCUUUAUUGAACGAAUAAUGCG